AUGGACGGAGCAGCGGCACCCGCGCCGCACAAGGACGAGAGUGCAUUCGUCGCAACCUCACCCCCGGCCAUCCCCCAACGAACUCCCUCCCAGACGAGCUUGCACAAAUCGACACAUGCCCAUCGCCAGAGCUUCGCUGAGAACCUCAGAAACGCUCCGGGCUCCCCUCGCGCCCAACGUCACCCUUCAUUCACCCAGGCCGCCGUUCAAGAGCUCCUCAAUCACCCUCCGGCUGCUAACAAGCACUCCAACCCGCGCUUCGCAGGCCGUGACUGGCGCGACGUCUCCGUAAACGAGCUCGUCGCUCAAGACGAUGUUAAAUGGGUCGACCUGGACUCCAGCAUCGAGGAGGCAUCCAUGAUUCUCGUCAAGCAAAGCCCCUCCAAUGUUGUCCUAAUCCGAGAACGUGCAUCUUCCAAGACCGCGGUUUCCACUUUCGACUACAACGAUCUCAACACAUACCUGCUGAUAGUUGUCGGACUGGCAAGGCCCGAUGAGGAGCAGAUUUCCACAUACGAUGACAUUGCAACGAAGGCCCGGGAAGGACGGAGCAUAGCUCUGCGCGAUAUACAACCUCUCUGCAGAAAAGAGUCGCUCAUUACGCUGCCCUUCGACGAGACGCUUGACAAGGCCAUCGAGGUCUUUGGCAGCGGAAUUCACCGCGUUCUUGUGACUAGCCCUGCUGGCGACGUAAUCGGUAUUCUCAGUCAGCUCAAACUGGUAGAGUUCUUCUGGAACGAGGGCAUCAACUUUCCUGCCAUUGACAAGCUAUACCCCAUGAUCCUGCGUGAUUUGGGCAUUGGAACUCAGCAAAUCGUAGCGGUGAAUUCCGACAGCCCACUAGGCGACGCGCUGGCCUUGAUGAACGCCGAAGGCUUGACGAGCGUUGCUGUCAUCGACAACGGCCACAAUGUAGUCGGCAAUAUCUCCAGCGUAGAUGUCAAGCAUUUGACGAACGCCGCCGAUGCGCCCCUCCUAAAGUCGUCUUGCAUGCACUUCAUCUCCGUCAUUCUCAGCGAGCGCGGCGUUGAGCACGGCAGAGACUCCUUCCCAGUCUUCUACGUGAACCCUUAUUCGACGUUGGCGCACACCGUCGCGAAACUGGUCGCCACGCAAUCCCACCGCAUGUGGGUGGUCGAGUCCGCGUCCCCCAGCCCGAGCGCGCCCGCGACACCCCUUCUGGCCCCGACGACGUCAAGCAUCUUGGUGCCAGGCUCGGGGUCGGCGCCGCAGUCGCCGCUACCUACGCAGGUGGUACACAACGUUGUACCUGCAGCCGCUAUGCCCGGCGCUCAUCUGUCGGGACGGCUCACUGGCGUCAUUUCCUUGACUGACAUUCUGAAUAUGUUCGCCAAGUCGUCUGGCUUGCGGCCCUCGGAUCCAGGCGAGCAGCGAGCGCGACGCCGUAGAAGCUCAAGCAGCUCCAUUCGGCCGAGUCUCGACUCCUCGAGACCAAGCCUUGAUCUGCGCCGGUAA